AUGGAGAGAACACGGGUGGCCAGGGUUGACCAUGUGAUCUUGGCUCGCCGAGGCGAACAGGUCGACGGAAGCCUGCACCUCACCCCUCACCACUUGAUUUUCUCCCACGUUCCCCCGGCUUCAAACGAGGACCGAGCAACAGGCACUCCAGUCAGGCCCAAGGAGCUCUGGUUUACUUAUCCUAUUAUCUCCCUGUGCACACUGCGACCGGCCCCCGCAGCCUCCCGCCAGCUCUCCUCCAUCCGCCUUCGGUGCCGCGACUUUACUUUUGUCUGCUUCUAUUUCACCGACGAAAUAAAAGCCCGAACUGUCUUCGACAGCAUCAAGCAGUGGACUUGCAAAUCCGGUCGCCUAGAGAAGUUGUACGCUUUCAGCUACCAACCACCACCUCCGGAGAGGGAGCUUAAUGGCUGGGAUCUGUAUGACCCUCGCAAAGAGUGGGAUCGUCAAGGACUGAACGCCCCUAACUCAAGAUGGCGUCUUUCAGAAAUCAACGUCGACUAUAGUUUUUCACCUACCUAUCCCGCCUUGAUCCCGGUACCCUGUUCAAUUUCCGACAAUACAAUAAAUUAUGCUGGUCGAUACCGCUCGAGGGCAAGAAUUCCUGCUUUGACAUAUCUUCACCCUGUCAACAACUGUACCAUCACGAGAAGUUCUCAGCCUCUGGUAGGUGUGCGCGGGAACCGUAGCAUUCAAGACGAAAAGCUACUUGCAGCUAUCUUUUCUACCUCACGGUCAGAGCGCCCAUUAGGCAACUUUGCGCAAGCUCAAACCAAUCUUGACAGAGAAGCCUCUGAUUCGAGCACUGACACAGAGCCUCAAAUUAUCGAGGCAGAUGAUGUGAAUCCGGAAGAAAUCGAGGACGACAUGUUGACAUCGGCUCAAGGGGACUCUGAAGAGCAAAAGAAAUUGAUCUAUGGUGCCCAGCAAAAUAAUUUGAUCGUUGACGCGCGUCCCACUGUCAAUGCGUUCGCUAUGCAAGCUGUCGGCUUGGGUUCUGAAAACAUGGAUAACUAUAAAUUUGCGUCAAAGGCCUAUCUGGGCAUCGAUAAUAUCCACGUUAUGCGGGACUCGCUGAAUAAGGUGAUUGAUGCUCUGAAGGAGACAGAUGUUACCCCGCUUGGGCCUAAUCGAGAACAGCUCAACCGGAGUGGGUGGCUUAAGCAUAUUACUGGGAUCUUGGACGGAGCUGGAUUGAUUGCUCGUCAAGUGGGUCUUACCCAUUCUCAUGUUUUAAUUCACUGCUCGGAUGGGUGGGACCGAACAAGCCAACUGAGUGCUUUAAGCCAAAUUUGCCUCGAUCCUUACUUCCGAACUCUCGAGGGAUUCAUGGUUCUGGUUGAGAAGGACUGGCUUUCUUUCGGUCACAUGUUCCGUCAUCGGUCUGGGCAUCUGAGCAGUGAGAAAUGGUUUCAGGUCGAGAAUGAACGCAUCGGCGGCGGUGACAACAACCGAGGUGGAUUUGAAGCCAGUGGCGCCGGCAAGGCCAUCGAGAACGCCUUUCUAAGCGCCAAAGGGUUCUUCGGAAGGGAUAACACUAGCCGGGAUUCUCUACCCGAGUCAGACGGAGAGCUCCAGAACUUCGAUGGCGAACCUACCGCAAAAAAGCCCAGCCCCAUCCCACGUUCCAUCGUUGCUGAGAAAGAGAUUACGAAGGUUAAGGAAACAAGUCCUGUCUUCCAUCAGUUCCUUGAUGCCACCUACCAGCUCCUUCACCAAUACCCGACGCGCUUUGAAUUUAAUGAGAGAUUCCUUCGCCGGCUACUGUAUCAUCUUUAUUCGUGCCAAUUCGGCACCUUCCUGUUCAACAGCGAAAAGGAGCGAAAGGACUUAAAUGCGCGGGAACGGACAAGGAGUGUAUGGGAUUACUUCCUAGCUCGUCGCGAACAGUUCACCAACCCGCAGUAUGAUCCAUUGGUCGACGACCACCAGCGUGGGAAAGAAAGGCUCAUUUUCCCAUUGCUCAAUGAAACUCGAUGGUGGAGUGAGGCUUUUGGUCGCUCAGAUGCGGAAAUGAAUGGCCCACUCCCGUCUGGCCUUCCGGUCCCCAGCAAAGACGAAAUUCCUAAGCCCAGUCGCACUCCGGUCCCGGCCGGUGUUGAAACGGCUCAGAAAACAGGGACACCCCCAGUCACGCCUUCAAAGGUUUCCGACGCUGCUACUGCCGGCAUUGCAGCUGUCACUUCUGGGAUCUCGCAGCUCUCGGUUUUGAAGUCCCAACCCAAGGACCGACGGGGAGACAGCAGGGAGGAACAGAUGGAGGUCGAGCUGAACUGA